AUGAUGAAGAACAAUUUAUAUACUCAUUUGCAAGUGGUACACAAGAAGUUUGUGGAGGAACUCAUGGAAAUUAGAGAGCAAAUUAACAGAGAGGCUGGACUCGCUAAGGUAAUUUGUCCCUUAUUUUACGAAAGCUAUACCAAUUACGACGAACAGGCGCAACACUGUCGUGCGAAUCAUUCUGAAGAUGACGCUGGAGGGCGACCUCAGAAUUACUCCGCUAUAUCAAUGAAUUUUGCCAGUCGUGAGGAAUACCAGGUAUGUGAGUGCGGUAAUCACUUAACGGAGAAACUAAUCUAUUGUGUUAGCUAUGGUUUGCGAGAGUUUGCGAGGAAAAUUGUACAUCGUUCGCCAAAGUGCACACAGAAACCUUGGCUUCCUCAACCAGGGAAAGGCUACUGUGAGUUCCUUGCAGCUAAUUAUGCAGAAAAUAAAGCAUUUCCUAUCACUUGUCUUGAAUCAGGUGCCACCGUGCUGGUGUGCACACAUCAACUGCAACACGGAGAGCUAGUCUGA